CCGGGCUAAUCUGGAACCAUGGAUUGGUCGAGAGCCAGACUCGACCACCUCAGCACCCUUGUGCCAGGGGUUGGGUCUAAGACGGCUGCGGAACUAGCUGUUGCCGUCGUCGCUGCUGUAUUGGUGGCCCUCUCGGGCUGGUCCGUGGUCGCCUGGGCAACGUCGUCCCUGAGGAAGUUUCCCGGCCCUUUCCUCGCAGAGCAGCAGGUGCCAACUGAAGGUCAUGGAACUCCACGAAAAAUACAGCCCGUGGUCCGCAUCGGGCCGAACCUGCUCAUCCUCGACUACCCGGAGCUGGUCAGGACCAUCUACGGCACGGAUGAAAAGUGGUGCAAGAUGCGUCUCUGGCUGCCUGUUCCCUUGGCCCGGUUCGAGUCGCAUAACAAUUCCAGCGCGGUAAUCGACGGCAAGAUUACCUUCAACCUAUUCAUCGAGCCAGAUGCGGCCGAACACACCCGCAAGAAGCGCCCUGUGGCCAAGUACUUCACCAUGAGUGCCGUGCUGCGUCUCGAGCCUCACAUUGAUAGCGCCAUCGGCGAGUUUAUCGCCCAGCUGGACGAGCGGUUUCGCCUGGGACCUCAGCAGCUCGGCGGCCUAGCCCUGCCCAGCCCCAGCACCGACCCUCUGAAAAUAAUCCCGCCCGGCACCCCCGUCGGCGUCAACGCGUAUGCCGGCACCCCCGUCGGCGUCAGCGCGUAUGUGCUAGGCCGCAACCGGUCGCUGUGGGGCACCGACGCGGUAGAGUUCCGGCCCGAGCGCUGGCUCGACGCCGAGGCCGCCGCCAAGGAGAGCGAGGACGCGCGCGCGCGGCUCUUGCGCCAGCUCGCUGCCGUCGACUUCGUCUUUGGCGCCGGCCCCCGCGUCUGUCUCGGCAAGCACCUUGCCAUGGUUGAGAUAUACAAGGUCCUCGCGACUCUCGCGAAUAGGUACGAUGCCGAGCUGGCGUUCCCUGACAGGGAGUGGGCGGUGAGGAAUUUCUGGCUGCUCAAGGGCGAGGGACUUGCUGUGAGGCUGCGGGUAAGGGAGUGACUGAUGGAUGUGUAAGGGUAGGUGUGUGUUACUUGUGGGAUGGUUUCAAAACUUGGGGUUUAAAAAGGGGGUGUGGCGAUGGACGAAGCUUGUCGUGUCGUCCGGGUUUCCCCCCGUUUCCUCCCCCUUUUCUCCGUCUUGCGCAACGAGGAAAUCGGCAUCGAAAGUGGAAUAUAGUAGACGUCUAAUGUCGUGUACUAAGAUCAAACUACUUAGGUACCUAGGUAACCAGCCCAACCCCUGAACGUUUGUUAAUCAGCGG